CAUGUUGUUCACAAUGGCCAUUGGCUUAUCGGAUAAGAUUUACCAGAUUUUGAUUUUACGGUUUUUCUGUGGGUUGUUGGCAUCACCAGCGUUGGCGGUGGCUGGUGGUAGCAUCAAUGAUGUGUGGGCCCCCGAAGAAAGAGGUUUUGCUAUGGCCAUGUUCUGCUUGGCCCCAUUUCUAGGACCAGUGUUGGGUCCCAUCGUGGGAGGAUUUGCGUCCGAGCACAAAGGUUGGAAGUGGACCAUGUGGGUAUCGUUGAUGUUUAGUGGGGCCAUUCUCCCGUUCGUGUUGGCGUUACCAGAAACCUACAAGCCGAUCAUUUUGGCCAAAAGAAUGAAGAAAAGAGGAAUUGCCAUCUACAAGCCUCCGGUGGUUCAACUUUUGAAGGUGACGAUGUUUGUGACGAUGUUGAGGCCCAUGGAGAUGUUGGUUGUGGAGCCCAUCGUGUUGGUGUGGUCGUUCUACAUUGCCUUCGUGUUUGCCGUGCUUUUCGGGUUCUUCGAAGCCUUCCCCAUCAUCUUUGCAGAUGAAUACGGCAUGGACCUCGGGGUUAGUGGGUUGACGUUUAUCGGGGUGGGAAUUGGCUUGAUUUUGGGAGUGAUAUUCUAUGUGUUUAUCGACCGAAAAGCGUUCCCCAUCAACCCGGAUGGAACCAAGGGAAGACGUGAUAAGAAUGGAGACUUGAUAGUUAGCAAGCCGGAAGUGGUGUUGGGGAUUGGCAAAAUUGGCGGUCUCUGCUUGCCCAUCUCAUUGUUCUGGUUGGCAUGGACCGGAAGAAAAAGCAUCCACUGGGCCGUCCCCACAGCAUCGGGAAUUCCAUUUGGCUUUGGCUUAAUCUUGGUGUUCUUCACCAACAUGCUCUACUUCAGUAUGGCAUUCCCACCCUCAUCGGUGGCCAGUGCCCUUGGUGCCAACAGUUUCUUGAGAUAUUUACUUGCAUCUGUGUUUCCACUUUUCGUGUCCCAGAUGUACGAGAAGUUACACAUCAACUGGGCCACCUCAUUGUUUGCGUUCAUAGCGGUUGCUAUGCUACCAAUUCCCUGGAUUUUUGAGCGGAUCGGGCCCAAGUUAAGACAGAUGUCGAAAUUUGGAUACGACGCGCAGGCUAAGAAAUAGUCCGGGUUAGACCAAACAGCUGCAAAUAUUUUUUGCUACAUGCAUGGACUCAAAACUCCACCCACGAUUAGCAGGGGUGAAGGUGGGAAAGGAAAUGUCAGGCCCGGCCGGGCCCUAUCCGCCCCUGACAGAAUCAACAGGCGAAGCCAGUCGAGCUGCACGAGGCCGCCUUCAUUACUGUAAGUACCCAUGAUGAGGGUAUGAUGAGAAGAUCGGCAAUUACUACUCAUGUACCUCACCUCCCGUGCCCCUAAGUAGUCAAAUAAUCAAGGACUAGGUGAUCUACAACAAACCAAGGAAGCUGAAUUGCAAUCUAAAACAGAAAAAUUCUCCUCUUUGUUACCAAUUUCACAAUAGAGCCCCUUUUAGCUAGAUUUAGAUGAAUAAACGGUAAAACCUGCCG